AUGUCAGCACUCGAUGAUCCACAAACUUCACUCCGUGCAAAGAUAGAUGCACAGUUUAGGAAACACGAUUGGGAAAAUGAAGAACAAGCGCAAGAGAUCUUCUUGGUUGAUAUUUGGCCACGACUCGAAAAUGAUUAUGAGACUAUGGUUGAGAAGAUGAAGACCAAAUACGACAAACUUCUCAAAACGGAGAGAAUUGAUGGCAUGGUUGAAGGACGUGUAAAGUCCCGUGAGUCUAUCAGACAAUCGAUGCACCGCCGGAGAAAACAAAGAGAACACUGGGAAAGCUUUCGAGAAAUGAUGGACGAAAUUCAUGACCUCGCAGCUAUUCGCAUAAUAGUUGACUAUCCACAUCAUCUUACCAAAAUCUCUCAUUUUAUCACCAACUCCAAGACAUUAUGUCCCAGGGCCAAUCCAAAUAUUUUCCUGGCAGACCGCCCAGUUGGCACCUAUUGGGCGGCUUGGUUUGGUGCAUACGAAUGCGAGAAUCACCAUGUCGAAGCACAGUACCCUGAUGACGACCCAGCCAGAUGGUACAACGGAGUCAUCUUUGAGAUCCAAAUCACAUGCCUCCCAGCUCAUUUACAUAACAAAAUUGCCCAUUCCUUACACUACAAGGGACAAGGCGGGGAGCUAUCACGCGGAGACGAAAUAGUCAUUGAUCUGACACGAGGUCUUGGGCUAUGUUAUUCGCUAUGCCUCUAUUACAAGUCUGAAAAGCUAGUUUCAGACAGGGACCAGUUGAUGAAUAGGCCGGUCUCAACUUUUGAUCAACAGUUGCCCGGAACUGGAUUCGGAGCCAUGCCAAUGAAAUUUCCUAACAUUCCUGGAUUGGACGAUCCACAUGUCAAAGAGCUUCCUUCACAGCUCUUUCAAGAGGCUAUCAAGAAUUCCUCUACCAUUUCAGGGCAAGAUACUUCCAAUACAAUAUGGAAUUCUCUUUCGCGCAAUUACAGAUCGACAAGAGCAAUCUCGUCUUCCAUCAACGGAGGAACAACAAUUCAGAAACAGAAUUAUCUCUAA